UUCUUCCGCUCGUCCUCUAUCUUAAGCUUGCACUGCAUGCACGUUGAGUGAGUCCUUCUCUGCGACGACGUCGUUUCUGCUAGAUUUCAUGGUGUGUUGUAGUUGUUGUGCUGAUUUUCUCUGUGAAAUCUUUUGAGGAUUUAUCGGCUAUGAGUGAAGUAAUUCAUGGUUUCGCUUUAACAAUUUCUGUGCUGCGUAUGUAAGAAAUGUUUGAUUGGAACGACGAAGAGCUUGGGAACCUAAUAUGGGGUGAGACGGGUGAGAGUGAUGAUCAUAUUGUGCCUUACUGGGACAAAAGUAAAGAUCUUCACAACAAGAAAGAAUUGAAUCAGGAAGCUUCUGACCUUAAACACAUUGAGCAGAAAAGAAUAGAGGCUAAAACUGAUGUUCAUGGAAGAAAGCUAGUAAGCAGUUCCAAAAUUGAUAAUCAUGCAGGACUAUCUGCCUCAGGACAUGGAACAAACUCAUGGACUGACUCAUCUGAUCAGGGUUCCCUAGAAAAGGAUGUAGAAAUUUUCCAAAGUGCACAUGAAGAUAAAGAGCAAGGUGAUUUUGUUGACCAUGCCUGGGUUAACAUAGGAAGUUUUGAUGACCUUGAUCGAAUUUUCAGCAAUGAUGACCCUAUAUUUGGCCAUGUAAGUCUUGAGAGUUCUGAUGAGCUGUGGUCUUCCAAAGAUGUAAGUGACAGUCCAGUAACCAUACUCUUGGAGGCACCAAGUCCAGCAAGUGCUUUAAGGAACAGAACUGAGCCUUUGGAAGUUAAAGCAGAAUAUGUUCAACGUAAUGAUCAAUCAUUUUCAUUCAGCUUCAAGAGAAUUGGUGAUUCCUCAUCUCAUGAUACGCAAAAUGCUCAUGCGACCACAGUAAGUGCAGGAUAUGCUAGAGGUAGAAGUAUCCCUACUGAAAAGGAGCAGCAGGAUAUGGUAGGAAUGACCACUUCUGUGACCUCAGCUUUAGCUGCUGACAAUGUUGCAACUGCAAAUGGACUUACUGAUAAGGCUUUUGGGAAAAAGAAUCAGUUGAAAGCUCGGAAAAAAUCACAGGGUAAACCAAAGGGGAAAGUAUUGCAGGAUUUUUAUGUUAAUUGGUCUCCAACAACCCCAUCGGGACAAUUUGGUAAUCAGUUGGCACCUUCUGUCAUGCAGUCUUAUCCCUCUUCAAUUCUCGGGCUACAAAAGCAGCUUCAAGGACCUGAAACAGUAUACCAGAACAUCACGGAUACACAGGUGGCAUCUUCUGUGUAUGGGAAUAUUACUAAUAUGUAUCCUGCAAUGUCAAUGCUACCACAGGCUCAGUCUGGAGUUCUUAGGCAACGGCCUCUGUUUUCUGGGUAUGAAGUGUCUCCUGGUAUAGUGUCUCCUGUCAACAAGUCUGCGGGCUCAGUCAGGCCUCUCACCAUGACUCCUCAGGAAAAAAUUGAAAAAUUGAGGCGGCGGCAGCAAAUGCGGGCAAUUCUUGCUAUUCAGAAGCAACAGCAAAAAUUAAGCCAUCAAGUUCCUGGCACUAACAAAUCGAUGACUCAAAACUGUGCCCUAGAAAUGCAAAGUCAUCAUUGUGAUGGGGCUGAUCCGGAAAUUGAAGAUUUAAGAACUCUUCCUGCUAUAGAUCCUCCAACCAAAUGUGAUGAUUCUAAUACAAUCUCCAUGGCAAUUGAUGAUCAUUUUGUUGAAGACACCAUACCAUACAUGCUUCAGGAUAUAAUAUCAAAGAUAGAUGUCAAAAUAAGACUCUGCAUUAGAGAUAGCUUGUUCCGGUUGGCACAAAGUGCAAUGCAAAGGCAUGAUGCUAGUGAUUCAAGCAGUACAAACAGAAGUAGCAGAGAAGAAUUUGAAGUUAUUGCAAGAGAAGAAAGCAAUAGCCAAAACAGAUAUGCUAGGAUUCCUGAUGUUGAAACCGAUACAAAUUCCAUUGAUCGAACCGUGGCUCAUUUACUCUUUCGUAGGCCGUUGGAGUUAACCGGGAAUUAUUCGGACAAACUGGACUCACCAAUUUCUUCUAAGAUGCAAUGUGAAAGCAAAGCAGCAAACCUGGAGAACUUUCCUACGGGGUGCUUACCAGAUGAGGAUUUGAAAAGUAGUCAACAAUUUUCUCAUCAAGAGCUAAAGAAUUCUUGCUUCUUGUUUGAGGCCCAGCAUAUGGAUCAAUGUAAAAACUGUAUUGGCAUAGACACAUCGGAUAAUGCUUCUAACAAUGAGACUGCUGAUGUUGGAGAUCAGGAGGUUGAAGCCUCUCAAUGAAGAAAAGGUUCUCCAGGAGUCGGAGGGUAAUUCCUUCCUUUAUUAUAACCGUAGUUAUUGCUUUGCUUUCCUCAUUCAAUUAUAUAUGGAUUUACUGGUAAUGCAAAUGUUUUCUGUUAUUGUCAGCUGCCUGGAUCAUAAUCAAGGCAAGUGUCUAUCAUCAAGAAUCCCGGACAACAAUUUCAUGCUUGCUAUGUUAUCGAUAAUAUAUAUGUUUCUUAUGUUUAAAAUCUUGAUAUUAUGCAUCUUAGUAUUUGAACUUACUCAAGCUGCUUAGUUGGUUUCCUCUGUAUUGUCUGUUUAGUUGAUAUUGACUCUUAAUAUUAGCUUGUGCUUUUUAAUUAGGAUGUUGUAAGUUCCAGGUGUCAGCCCAAAAUGAUGAUCAUGUCCAACCAAUACAAAAAAAAGAUAGUGGUAAUAGCAAUGUUAUAAAAACCAACUCCACUCGGCCGUUCGACUAGUUGACCUGUAAAUUGGAUUCUCAACUAGUUUGGUUUAGGUAUUGAAUUGGUUAUGUAUUUGGUCUGGUAUGAAAGCGGUGAA